AUGGAUAUAAAUACAAAUACCGCGGCACCGGCCGGUCUUCCUCGCUUGCAGCAGGCGGGAUGCGCUGAUGGGAAACCCCCUGGUGGGCUGGGGUUUGGGGGGGGAGCUUUCCGCACCCCAGCACCUGGCUCCAAGCUUGGGAUCGAUCUCCGGGCCUCAAAGGAAAUCCUCCCGGCUCGCCGGGGCGGCGCGUCUCGCUGUCCCUGGAGCCAUGCCGGCUCGGCUCUCUCCAAGCCCCUCCUGGCGCGCCGGCCGACUCGGGCACCCGGAGCGCGCUGGGCGCGGAGCGCAGGCCAGCCCUCCGCGCGGCGCCGCGGGCCAGGCACCGGCCGCGUCCCACUCGGUCCUCUGGGCCUCCGCCCGGGACUUACAACUAACUUCGCCCAAGUUUCCUGCGCCGGCGCCGCCGCGCCCCUCUCGGCGCGCUCGCCUCGGAGCGUGCGCCCGCGUGCGCUCCGCACCCAGAGCCCCUCUGGGCGGGCUUUCUCGGCCGGAGCCGAGCGGGCGGAGGUGCAAGAGGAGGGGGGGCGGGUGGCGGAUGGGUGGGUAGGAUUUAAAGAAGGCGCGCCAUCACCUCAGUUCGCAGGUCCGCGCUGGGGCUGCUCCCAAAUUGCCCCUCUCCUGCAGCAUUGGGGGCCCCUUUCCGGCUCAGGCCGCCAGCCCGCCGCUCCCGAGGCGACAGGAGCCCUGUGCACGGGCUCAGGUUUAGGCGACCGGAGAGUUCGGAGCGCGCCGCCGAGUUUGCGCACUGUUUGGCUUCCGCCACCCCUGGGGUCGUCCCGGCCGCCCCUGCCGGCCGGAGCAGCGGUGGUCGCGGUUCUGGGAUCCUCUGCCCUGGAGGAAGGAGGCGCGCACGUGGAGGAGAGCCUCGCGCGCUUCGGAGGAAGAGGGGACGCAGCCCAGAAAAUGCUGGAGACUUUUCCUAGCAAGAAGCACAUCUUCUAACACGAUCAGUCUGGAAGUUGCAUUCACAAGUUGGCCUGCCCUUCAGGGGGAACUUUCUUGCCUCUUUGGCAGUGUGGAUUUGACCUAGCCAUGUGGUGUGUGCAAGUAGGAAGUUCUACAAUCAGUUAACUCUUUUAAGUUUUCCCUGCAAUUCAUGUCCAGUUCGAACACAAACACAUAUGCAGGUAUAAAGAACUGAUUGAACUUAAAUAAAAACAUUUUUAGGCCAUCAGUUUUAUUUAAAAGUUAGCCUUGUUUUAUUGCUCAUUUUAAUAAUAGAAAAGUGAUUGUUGCUUUUUUUUUUUUUUUAGUUGCUGUGAUGACAUACAGAAAUGCAAAUCAUCAGUGAAAUGUAUGGGAGUGACUCUCUUUCUUAAGAUACCACACAAAUGUUUACUUUGCAUCAGCCCUUGUAUUGCUAAAACAAUUGGACUGAUUUCUUUAGAACCAUAUUCCUUUACAGGCUCUGUAAAGACACUCUGUUCACAGACUCUGGGUGGAGCAACUGUUAAAACCCUAGCAGGAGUAAUUAUAUAGACUAGAGUAUUAAAUAUACUGUUUCGUGAUGAUAAACUAUGAAACUAUCAUCCCCGAGCUUUUAACCUACUAACUUAUAUAAUAGGUUUGAGACAAAAUAUACACUGUCAUACAAAGGACAUAUAUAUGUAUAGGGGCACAAGAUGUGAAAACUGUUACUAAGAUUAUUGUGACUAAAGUUGAGUCUAAUCUUGAAAAUUAUUUUGAUAUAUACAAAAGGAUAAGGACUGAGAAACAUUUUUAUAUUGGUGAGUUAAAUUAUUGUGUAUUUUCAAAUUUAAGUUUAGAAAUCAAUUGCAAUAAAUUAUUACCAUGAAAUGUUUGCAUAUAUGAUUGAAAUGUAUGCCUGGAUGUGAAAUAUCUUAUAAAAAUAAAAUGUAUAAGCUUCCUAG